AUGUCUACAGAGUGUGUCUCAGAGCUCACCGAACGACUGCAGUGUAAAGAGGCCAGCAGCGACACGUGGCGACCAGAACGUCCUUCACGGCUGACCGCAAUGCAAAAUGGUUCCUCCAAUGCUCAGGUCCCGCCGUCCCGCAGGCUCUUCGCCAGCUACCCCCAGACCAAGACCUACUUCCCGCACUUCGACCUGCGCCCGGGCUCCGCGCACCUGCGCACGCACGGCGCCAAGGUGGCGGCCGCCCUGGGCGAUGCGGUCAAGAGCAUCGACAACAUCGCGGGCGCCCUGUCCAAGCUGAGUGAGAUGCACGCCUACGUUCUGCGCGUGGACCCGGUCAACUUCAAGCUCCUGUCCCACUGUCUGCUGGUCACGGUGGCCUCGCACUUCCCCGCUGACUUCACGGCUGACGCCCAUACCGCCUGGGACAAGUUCCUGUCCAUCGUGUCCUGCGUCCUGACCGAGAAGUACCGCUGA